AUGAGUCAAAACACAUACCUCCAGCUCUGUCAUUUGCUUGCUCCUCACCUAAUGAAGAAAGACACUCAUCUAAGAAAGGCUGUCGGUGUCCAGAAGAGAGUGGCUGUUGCGUUGUGGCGGUUAGGUACACAGGUAGAAUACCGAACCAUAGCUCAUCUUUUUGGUUUAGGAAGAUCAACGGUGCAUGCAAUCACACGGGAGUUCUGCAAAGCUGUCUGCCAACAUUUACAACCCAUUUUUGUGUCCUUCCCAAAUGCCAAUGAAUCCGAGCAAAUAAUAGAUUAUUUUCUCCAUCAGUGGGGAUUUCCACAAGUAGUUGGCUGUCUGGAUGGUACACACAUACAAAUAGAUCGCCCUGAUGGCCCCAAUGCAACGGCCUACUAUAACCGAAAAGGGUUUUACUCCAUCGUCAUGCAGGCAGUAGUUGACCACAAAGGAAUUUUCAGGGACGUGUGCAUAGGCUGGCCAGGUAGUGUGCAUGAUGCCCGAGUGUUUGCAAACUCCGGAUUGUACAGAAAGGCACAGAGGGGCACUCUGUUUCCACCCAUCCCUUCAAAACGCAUCGAAGGCGUCGACAUCCCGUUAUUAAUAUUAGCUGAUCCAGCAUAUCCCCUACUCAGUUGGAUACAGAAGCCAUAUUCAGACAAUGGUCACUUAACAGAUGCUCAGAGGCACUUUAAUUUUAAAUUAAGCCAAAGCAGGAUGGCAGUAGAGAUGGCUUUUGGAAGACUUAAAAGAAGGUGGAGAAGCCUUGCACACAGAUGCGAGCACACCAUCAAGGCAAUCUGUCGCGUGGUGUUAACUUGUGCUGUUUUGCACAAUUUCUGUGAACGAGCGGGCGAAACCGUACCUGUGGAAGACAACAUCACAGAAACGCAUCAACAGGACGUCGACGAAGUUGACCCAGAGGCUAGAGAGGAAGCACAGGCUAUCCGACUUGCACUGACACAACAUCUCGCGGUAAAAUUAACAAACUAUCCCGAUCAGAAUUUGUUUCCAGACCCUCAUAUGUCCCGCCCACUUUUUCAAUUGGUUGAGUCUAAAGUUAAAACAUGGUGA